CUGCUCAGACUUGUGAGCUUUUUUUGUAGAUUCCAUGAGCCAGGUCGAUAUUCGGUGGAUGUUUUUAUCAACAAUAAACCGUACGGUGAGCGUCAGUUUGUCCAAGUGAUCAGACCCGAUCGUGGAGCAAUUCUGCUGAGCGAUAUAGAGCAAGCGUUUGUUGGCAACCCAUCGAAAUUGAUCAUGCGAGUGAAACCUGAUGCGGGAAAGAAUCUCACUGUUAUCGUUAUUGAUGCGGAUCGUAGACAAGUGCCGGUGGCAUUGCAAAAAUUACCAGAUGAAAUAGUCGAAGCGGAAUUUAUACCACGAAGUGAGGGAGUGCAUAACAUCUCGGUGCUGGUCGGCGAUGAGCAUGUCCAGGGAAGUCCAUUCAAAAUAACAGUACUGGACUUGAGUGCUGUUCGAGUGAUUGGCUUGAAAAACGAUCGUGUUGGCGCAGAGCAGCGUUUCAAUGGUAAGCGAUCGUCCCUUAUUCUUCAUUGCCUAUAA